CUCUAUGUGACCAUAGUUUUCAGUCUGUGGCCUAAUUGAACUAAUAAUACUACUUCUCUCUCUAUUUGAUCACUCUAUUUUCCACUAUUUUCUUUCUUGAAUCCUCAAAGAGAACUUUGAGAAAUACAAACAAAAAAGAUAACUGUUGAAUACCCACUUUACUUUUCCUUUGAUUUGAUUUGAUGGUUUCACAGAUCUAAACCCCUUUUCACUUUCAGAUCUUCAAAGUAUUAUAUUACAACAAAAGCAAAGUUGAGAUAUUUAUGAGCAAACUUAGAAGUGAGUCCUGUCAAAUGUGGAGACAUAAUUGGAUGGUGUUUUGGAUGAGAUGAGGGAUGACAUCUGGAUUGAUGAACUUCUUGAGGGCCUGUUUUCAGCCAGGGGCUGAUGGACUUGUUCAUACAAGUUCUUCAGAUUCCGUUGGUCGUCAAGAUGGGCUUUUAUGGUAUAAGGAUACAGGACAACAUGUAAAUGGAGAGUUUUCUAUGGCUGUAGUUCAGGCUAAUAAUCUACUGGAAGAUCAGAGCCAAAUUGAAUCAGGGUGCUUGAGCAUGCAGGAUUCUGGACCAUAUGGUACUUUUAUUGGAAUUUAUGAUGGACAUGGGGGACCUGAAACUUCAAGGUUCAUUAAUGAACACCUCUUUCAGAAUCUCAAGAGGUUCACAUCUGAGCACCAGUCUAUGUCUGUUGAGGUUAUUCGGAAAGCAUUUCAAGCAACAGAAGAAGGUUUCCUCUCUGUUGUGACUAGACAAUGGCCGACGAAACCACAGAUUGCUGCUGUUGGAUCAUGCUGUCUUGUUGGAGUUAUCUGCAGUGGAACCUUAUAUGUAGCCAACCUUGGUGACUCGAGGGCAGUCUUAGGGAGACUUGUCAGAUCAACUGGCGAAGUUCUCGCGAUUCAGCUCUCUGCAGAACACAAUGUGAGCAUUGAAUCUGUAAGACAGGAGAUGCAAUCUUUGCAUCCAGAUGAUUCACAAAUUGUAGUUUUAAAGCACAAUGUCUGGCGUGUCAAGGGGCUUAUACAGAUUUCAAGAUCCAUUGGUGAUGUGUACUUAAAGAAAUCUGAAUUCAACAGGGAGCCACUGUAUGCUAAGUUUCGCCUUCGAGAACCAUUCGGAAAGCCCAUAUUGAGCGCAGAUCCAGCAAUUUCAGUGCACCAUUUGCAACCUGACGAUCAGUUUAUCAUAUUUGCAUCGGAUGGUCUCUGGGAGCACCUAAGUAACCAAGGAGCAGUUGACAUCGUACAAAAUCACCCACGAAAUGGGAUAGCUAGAAGGUUAGUGAAAACUGCACUACAAGAAGCAGCAAAGAAAAGGGAAAUGAGGUAUUCAGACUUGAAGAAAAUCGAUCGUGGAGUUCGUCGACAUUUCCACGAUGACAUUUCAGUAGCGGUUGUGUUCCUGGACUCGAACUUAGUGAGCCGGGCUAGCUCUGUGAAGAGUCCUAAUAUUUCUGUUAAAGGAGGUGGCAUUAGUUUGCCUACAAAGACUACCCCAACAUAAAGUUGGUGCAACUUUAUGAAGCUGUUGUUGUACUAAUAUGUAUGUUGUGAAUACCAGGUAGCUUCAAAAGCAGGCCAACAAAUUUUUUAAAAUGUAAUCUAACUGAGACUACUACUUGCAUUUAGUUCCUCUGCCUAAGAAAGGUACUGGAAAAAAAAAAGUAUCUUUACAAAUAUCAGUUGACUUAUUUCCUUCUUGUUUCUAUUAUUUCUCAGGUUGUCCACCUUUUUCUUUUCCUAAUUUCAUUUGGCUUUUGUAUAAUUAUAUAUAUUAUUAUACUAUAAUUUCAUUUCUUUUAUCUUUUGACGGGAUAUUUUGUUUUGUAAAGAAGCAAUAUUGGGAUUGUAAUGUGGGGAUUAUAUUAUGGGAGUUAAAUAAUGACAAAAUUAUCAAUAGAUACUAUUAUUUUUAUUGUUA